AGAGGAGACAUGGGGCCGUCAGGAGCGUGUGGUACACCAGGACCAGACGGAGGCCCAGGACCAGGGGGACAACCUGGCCCUGAAGGUCUAAGGGGUUUAACAUGUGCCAAAAGAGAUGUAUGAUUGGACCCAAUGGAGCCAAUGGUCCCGUUGGCGACCCAGACAGAGAUGGCCAGAAAAUAAGUAUUGGAUUCCAUGGAAACCCUGGAGUCGCAGGAGACAUGGGUGUGCCAGCCCCUGGAAUUGGACCAAAAGGCACAGACGGAAAGACGGGUCAAUCUGGACUUAAGGGGGAUGUGGGGUUGCCUGGCCGCUUUGGCCCCCCUGGUCUCUCGGGGCCUUUGGGGGACAUUGGACCUCCUGGCCCCCCUGAUCCUACGGGACUGCCUGGAAGUCCUGGCCGGGAUGGAAUGUGCUUUGAAGGGCUAAAAGGAGACGGUGGACAAAAUGGCGCCCUUGGACCCCAAGGUAUGCAGGGGCCACGGGGCCCUCCUGGUCAACCAGGACCCGGCUUUAAAGGAGAUAAGGUGAACAAAGGUGCUAUGGGCCUCCUGGGUACGCCUGAGUACAGAGGAGACACAGGGGUACAGGGCAGACCGGUAUCCAAGGUGACCCGGUCCCUACUUUGCAGGGCCAUUAGAGGACAGCUUCCUAUUCACCCAUCACAGCCAGAGGCAGAACGUGCCCCAGUGCCCAGGGGGCAGCAACCUCAUCUACGCCGGAUACUCCCUCCUCUUCAUCAAUGGCAACAACAGAGGUCAUGGCCAGGAUCUGGGUGUGCAGUGUGUGAGACCAAAGCAAAGAUCAUCGCUGUUCACAGUCAGACCAACCAGAUCCCUGUUUGUCCACGGGGCUGGCUCUCUCUCUGGGCUGGCUACUCUUUUGUCAUGGUAGGAACUACAGUCUAAGAAAGAGGAACACUUGUAUGGAUGGGUUAAUUCAGUAGCUGAAUGAAAUGCAAGUACACUUUUACCUGAACACAUUUUUUACCUGAUCAGGAAAACCUCAAGGCCAGGAAGAACUCUAGGCCAUAGUAUAAUGGCAGUAACUGAAAUCUAUGCUUACUUGCUUAUGGCGACGCAAUGCCAUAGCAAUAGAGAGGUUAGAGAAGGUUGCCAGUUUGAAUCCCAUGUCUGAUAGGGAAAAAUCUGUUCAAGAGUGGGCCAGAGGGUUGCUGCCAUCAGUGUCCUAGAUGCCAUCACCUGCCUUUGUACCUGUGAGCAAGGCACUUAACCCCUAAACUGCUCAGCGGGCACUGCACUAGUAGCUGCCUACUGCUCCACCCUCUUCAACCAAGGGCUGGAUUCAAUCUGUAGUGCUGAAGUUCGGCGUUACAGCGUGAUAAAAAUGUAAAGGCAUGGUUCCCGCGCUAGCGGAGUCUGUAUUCACAGUAAAGGAUGCAUAUGUCUGGCUCAAUUGGAAAUGACCUUUCAAUUUUGAUUGCACAAUCAAUCUGUAACGCUUCAGUGAUACAGAUUGAAUCGAGCCCCAUAUGUGUGUAUGUGUUUGUGUAUAUCAGAGGGGUUGGGCACAGCAGAAGACCCAUUUCCAUCUUCCGUUCUUCAUGGACACUGCAAGAUCCUCCGUUCUUAGCAAAUGUUAUCCACAAAUGUCUAUAGGGUGGCUUACAGUGUAUUCAGAAAGUAUUCAGACCUAUUCCCUUUUUUUUAUUUUUUUUUAUUUAACCUUUAUUUAA